AUGAAGACUGUUUUAAGACAUCGAAUUCACGAACGUGAGACGACUAUUUACGGGAGGAAUGGUCAUCAAGUGUUCCCGACCAAACGAUUAUCGUCGCCUUCACAAAGCCAGGCCCAAGGACGCCUUCGGAAGAUUCAUUAUCAAUCCCCACGUCCCCACGGAAAUCAUCGUGGUCCGCGAGUUCCACUGGAAUCCACACCAAAAGAACUCGACCAGGAGCUUCGACUUCGAGGUUUUGAAGUUGCAACCAUCAAACGAAUAAAAUUCCCAUGCAUCAAAGAAUUAACACCACUAGUAAAAAUCAUCCUAACAAACCCAAAACAAACUACGCAAGCCAUACAAGACGGAAUCGCCCCAUGGUUCAAAAACUUCCAGGUCGAAGAACCAAACAACUCCAGCCGGCAUGUCCUCCAGUGUUUUAACUGCCAGAGAUUUUGCCAUACCCGUUCUGUUUGUACCACCAAAGCUCACUGUGUCUGCUGCUCUGGAGAGCACCAAGCUACUGAUUGCCAGAAAUCCAGACAAGCCACCACUUGCAGCAAUUGCAAAGGUCAGCAUGUUGCAUGCCACAGAGGAUGUCUCGAAUUCCAACUCAUUGCUGGACACAGAUCCAAGACACUAUGCCCCACUAUCACUUUUUUGCCGCCUUCCAGUCAGCAACACCCAGCUCUACCACGAAGACCGCAACUGGACACCAACAGAUAA